AUGACAACGUUCAACCUCACCCUGUCGGAGCCAUCAACAUUCAUCCUAAUGGGCAUCCCUGGCCUGGAAGCUGCCCACAUCUGGAUCGGCAUCCCUUUCUGUGCAUGCUACGUUAUCAGCCUCUUGGGAAAUUUCACGGUUCUGUUCAUUGUAGGUAAAGAGGAAACCCUGCACAAGCCAAUGUAUCUGCUGCUCUGCAUGCUGGCGCUCACAGACAUUGGCAUGUCUACCUCCAUCAUACCAAAGGCCCUGUGUAUAUUCUGGUUCAAUAUGAAAGGCAUUACAGUGGGUGGCUGCCUCACCCAGAUGUUCUUUGUUCACAUGCUUUCUAUUAUGUACUCAGCCAUCCUUGUGGCAAUGGCCUUCGAUCGCUACAUUGCCAUAUGUAACCCUCUGAGAUACACCACCAUCCUCACCCAUGCACGGACAUCCAACCUAGGCCUAGUGUGUUUGACAAGAGCUGUUCUCUUCACUUUUCCUGGAAUUCUGCUUCUGGUCAGGCUACAGUUCUGUGGCAACCACAUUAUUCCCAAUACAUUCUGUGACCAUGUAGCUGUAGCAAAGUUAUCAUGUGGGGACAUCACAGUCAACAAGGCAUACGGCUUGGUGAUAGCGCUUGUAGUCAUUGGGUUAGAUCUCAUGCUUAAUGCUUUGUCCUAUGGUCUGAUCCUCAGGGCCGUCCUCAAAAUCUCCUCCAAGAAAUCCCACCAGAAAGCCCUCAACACCUGCACUGCCCACCUCUGCGUGAUGCUCCUUUUUUAUAGUUCCGGUCUCUUCUCCAGCUUCACCUACCGUUUCGAGUCCCAGAAACUUGCUGGCAUGGGCAUGCUUGAAGGUUGCAGCAGAAGUGGAGACAGGUAUCUGCACUGUGACUAUCACCUUAGAGACUUCACGAUUACAAGAAGCCAGGAAAACAUACAGUGCAUGCAGGGAACUUGGUUCUGCCUCUAA